UCUAAAACUUUAUUCCUGUUUUUUGUUUGUAUGUUUUCUUUUGGGGGAUUUUCUGAUUUUCCUGAUUUUUAUUGUUAGACUCGGUGAAUGCGUUAAGAUUCCCAGUUGGUGGCGCUAGUGCAACAUAACACUGUGUGAUGUUUAAGAGAAGAAGACGAAGAUUUCUUUUCUUUUUUUCCCCUUCCUUCUUCCCUCUUGUUUUUUCGGUGUGGUUACAGGCUAACUGCUACCUAUUUGAGCUACAUACCGGCGACUCAGCCCAUUUGUUAAUGUCUCGCAAAACGACACCAGACAAACAGUUUGCAGCUUUUCCAAGGACCAGCGGGCUCCCCGUUAGCAGUGAACACACUAAUGCCCAGUCUGAAGAUGGAGACAGGAAGGCAAAGCGCCCUGGAUUACAACUUGGUGACAGACCUGAUGAAUGGAGGGCAGUUUUGCUUCAGCUGUGAGCAGAUAUUUGCAAACAGGAAAUGCCUGGAGGAGCAUAUGUGUUCAUCCGCGAGUUUCAUCUGCUCCUGCGGGACCGAGUUUACUGAGUACAAGCACAUGCAGGAGCACAGCACUACGCACGAGCCGGGGCAACAAGUGCUGGAUCACGAAACCAUACGGAAGCGCAGGAUAGAGAAGCGCAUAGAGGAGGAGGAGAAACUUAAAAGGUUACAGAAGGGUGAGGUAAUCUGGAAUACGCCUAAAAUGACCAAUGCUUGGACAAAGGCCAGUGCACCCCCAGUUUCUUUGCCAGUGACACCUGUGCUGCAGGUACCCAGUGCGUCAGUGUGUGUGUCGCAGCUCUGCGUGCAGCCUGCAAAAAUUUCACAAGUGCCUGAGUUGUACCCAUCAAUGUCACAAGCAUCUUUGCUCCCAAACCCCGCAUCCCCAACAACAGACAUACAGAAUGUGUUCGCAGAUGUUGGCGCACCGACAGUGGAUCUCUGGACACUUUAUCAGCCAGUUGUGUUGCUGCAAACAGUGCGCAAGUUUAACAAGAAAAAGCCAUACGCUUGUGGUAAGUGUGGGCAGUGUUUUUUCUCAAAGACCUUACUCAUCUCCCACCACAACUUUCAUGUCACUGACAAAAUUUCGGGCUGCAUAGGAUGUGGGCUGCUGCUCUCCAGCAAAAAGAUAGUGCCUCGCUACCAUGUAUGUAACUCACCAAACAACGGAUCCAAAUUCAGGCUAGUUACAGCAAAGCCACUUGGUAACAAGACUAUGAACGUGACAAGUGGGGCAAAGACUCUGAGUGCCCUGGGCCUUCCGACUACUUCCUCUCUGCAGGUGACAAACCAGAAUAUUGGUGCACCUCCCCCCGCUUCCAUUUUGAAAAUUAAGAGUGUCCCUUUCAUUAACAAUCAGGAGGUACGUGUCACUCCAUUAUUGCAGUUUAAGAAUGCAUCCAAACCCAACAUCGGUGUGUCCUUUCCAUCAAAGCUUCAGACUCAAAAUCCUAGUUUACAGUUAAAGAUGCCCACAAACUCUGCAGGGGUGUCUUCUGCAUCAAGUGGCUUCCCAUGCCGAGUCUGUCAUAUUUCUUUUGAAACUGCUCAACUCCUUCAGAGGCACAAGUGUGUCAAAGCACGGGAGUUUAUGGCCCAACACGUGCGAGGUGGCAGGCAGCAGUACAAAAAGAUGAUGCCAGCGGCAAGCCCAGUUCCUGCUCAGGUAAAUGGCAAAAGGAAAUGCAUCAUACCACCUUCUGGUAAUGUGAAGAAGAGCCAAAUCCUGACUGUAAACUUGGAAAAAGGGCCUGUCAAUGGGAACACGGGAGUAGAUAGCGAUGAUGACUGUUACAUCGUUGAAGGCGGACCAGACAAACCUGCUGAGAUGAUUUACCAAGUAACAUCAUCUGUACCAAUCAAGACUUGACAAAACUAGUGAGGCACAUCCAGUCUGCAUGUCACACUUCAUGUUAAAUAUGGACCAAGCGCAUAGAGAUGGCGAUAUCCUGGUUGAAAGGAAUCUGCUCAAUUCACUGCACAGGAGCAUGAUGCUUCCUGGUUUGCUCAAGACUGUUUUAAGAUAUAGAGAGUAGUGAUAAUAAAGAUGCAUCUUUAAUUCACCUCUAUUUCUUUUGUUAAUGCAUUUUGAAUUCAUAAAAGUAUGAAGGUGGUACCUCUGUGGUGGGUGCAGAAGAUGUAAAAAAAAAAAAAAAAAAUGUACCAAUGUGGGGGUUGACUCAUGUUUGGUGCCCUAACCGGCACUAUUAUAGUUUUUGCUCUGUUUUUAAUUGUUUUUAGUAUGAUCAGAAUGUGUUGUGAAUCUGUGGGGAUUGGCCAAAAUUGCCCAGUGUGUUCAUACCAGCUUUGUCGAGACUUUUAAGAAUACAAUAUAUAAUGUAUUAAAAUAUAUUUUCAAACUCA